CGUCGCCGUUUCAAAUAGGAAUCGAAACAUUUGUGGGUUUAAUGAUAAGUUAUAAACAAAAGCCCAUUAAGCAGAAACAACAGCUGAGAAAGCUAAAACGCCGUCGUUUAGCCUUCCAACAACUUGUUCCAACGACCUCCUUCCACCUAAUCACUCCCUCUCUCACUUUUGCACUCUGCAUGUGUCUUCCUUCUUCUUCUUCAUCACCAUCAUCAUCGUCUUCUCCACCAAAACCUCGAUUUUCCCGCCGAAAUGUAUCAAUCAACGAACCUAUCUUUCUCCUCCAGCUUCACCCACCGAUCUCUCCUCCUCGAACGACGAUUCCGCCCCAGAAGACCUCGCAAACCCCUCAAUUUCACUCCGUCAUGCGUCUCCUCCGAUCCCAACUCCUCCGAAAAUUCGAUCAACCUCUCCUCGAAGCUCAUCUCCCUCCUCAAAGCCGUCCCGAACUGGUCAGACGGGAUCAAAGAGAGGCGGAUGCGGCAGAAACGAUCCCUCUACACUCACGAGAACUGGGUCAGACACCGGAGCUCCCUCCGCCACCUCCGCCACGUGUCCUCCAGCGCGUCUUCUCGCGUCAUACUCUCCUUGAUCCCUCCCGUCUUCUUCUUCACCACCGUCGCCGUCUUAAUCGCGGGUUACAACUCCGCCGUGGGUUCGGAGUUGUUGCCUAGCUUCUUCCCUGUCCUCCGAGCUUCUCCUCUUCCGUAUCAGCUCACGGCUCCGGCGUUAGCUCUGCUUCUGGUGUUUCGAACCGAGGCUUCGUACUCGAGGUUUGAGCAAGGGAGGAAAGCUUGGGUUAAGAUUAUAACUGGAACCAAUGAUUUAGCUAGGCAGGUUGUUUCUUCCGUUAACGGCCCCUCCGGUGAUGAUGAAGUGAUCAUCAGAGAUGCGCUUUUGCGUUAUAUUGCUGCUUUCCCUGUGGCGCUUAAGUGUCAUGUGAUCUAUGGUUCUGAUAUAGCUGAUGAUCUCCGGAACGUGGUGGAAGAAGAUGAUCUGUCACUAAUCCUUAAGUCAAAGCAUCGUCCGCGCUGUGUCAUCCAGUUUAUCUCCCAAAGUCUUCAGCUUUUGAAUCUAGACAGUACAAAGAUAGAUACUUUGGAAUCAAAGAUGCUGCAGUUACAGGAAGGAAUUGGUGUGUGUGAUCAACUAAUGGGUAUCCCGAUUCCACUUUCCUACACACGGCUAACCUCGAGGUUCUUAGUCUUGUGGCAUCUUACACUCCCUGUUAUUCUCUGGGAUGAUUGCCACUGGAAUGUUGUUCCUGCUACUUUCAUCAGCGCUGCGUCUCUCUUCUGCAUUGAAGAAGUGGGUGUUCUUAUAGAGGAGCCGUUUUCUAUGCUAGCUUUAGACGAGCUAUGUGAUAUGGUGCUUAGUAACAUUGAUGAAGCUGUUAAAUCCGAGAAAGUCAUACGGAAUAGGAUCAUCGCAAAGAAAAGGAUGCAUGAGAUUAAGCACUCAUCAAAUGGUUGGCAUAAAUCUUGAACAAUCUACUCUGCGUUCUCAUAAACAGAGAGUAUAUGAUACUUAACUGAGAUUUGCUACUAGGUAUUGGAAUGUAUAACACGUAGACUGUAGUAGGGAAACUUCACCUUGUUGUUUAUGUAUCUUCUUUGUGUCUGUGUGUACUCUGUUGUUCUUGUACAUAUGCAGUUUCUUUAAGCGCUUUUAAUGAACGUUGUGUACUAUAGCUAACAAAUGAUCAUAUGGUUUAGACAAAGCCA